AUGGCGUCCCGUGCGGGUCCGUACUUGAUGCUCCCGGGGUCGUCUGCCCACUCGGACUUUCGCCUACAACGGUUGGCGCAGCAGAUUGGCGCAAUCCAAGUCCGCUCUGCAUGGCUGCAUUUUGUCAAUCCGCUGAAAGAGUUGGACGAUGAGGAUUUGAAGACGCUGAAACAGCUUCUACAUUAUGGUGAAUACCCCUCCACUGAAGACAGCCUCUCGCAGGCCCUUCUCGAUGCUGUCCACCGUGGUAGCGAGCCUCGAGACGACCAGACAGUGCUCUUCUACGUCAGCCCCCGUGCGGGUACCAUCUCACCUUGGAGCUCGCUGGCUUCUAUGAUUGCGCAUACUUGUACUCUCAACAAGGCGGUGAAACGCAUCGAGCGUGGCAUGGUUAUCGCAGCCACCUUUGACCACGCGCCCGCAGCGGAUGAGAUCCUAAACCGCGACAGCCUCUACGACCGCAUGACCCAGACCAUCAGCCGCAAUGCACCUGACCUCGAGGCCCUCUUCGGUGAAGGCGAGCCUGCGCAGGCCACUACCAUCAAGUUUGAAGAGUACAGCAAUGCCCAAGCCGCAUUGGAGCAAGCCAACCGCGAGCUGGGCUUGGCCAUGGACAAAUCGGAGAUUGAAUACCUGGUACAAGCAUAUACACAAGAGCUGAAGAGGGGUCCUGUAGACGUGGAGCUCUUCAUGUUUGCCCAGGUCAAUUCAGAGCACUGCAGACACAAGCAGUUCAACGCCGACUUCACCAUUGAUGGCAUGCACAAGUCGUAUUCGCUAUUUGGCAUGAUUCGCAAUACCCAUCAAAAGCAUCCACAGCACGUAGUCAGUGCUUACAGUGACAACGCUGCCGUGCUCAAUGGAGACGAGGCCAGCUUCUGGGCCCCCAACAACCUCACUGGCGAGUGGAACGGGACUAAAGAGACAGUGCACAUACUCUGCAAAGUAGAGACACAUAACCAUCCUACUGCAGUUUCGCCGUUCCCUGGUGCCGCUACCGGCUCUGGUGGUGAAAUUAGAGAUGAAGGUGCUGUUGGCCGUGGCUCCAAGCCCAAGGCUGGGUUGGCAGGCUUUACCGUCUCAGAUUUGCUGAUCGAAGGCUUUGAAAGGCCAUGGGAGCUGCGUGACGUUGGCAAACCAUCUCACAUUGCUAGUAGUCGCGACAUUAUGCUCGAGGCUCCACUGGGCAGCGCCCAGUUUAAUAACGAAUUCGGUCGUCCUUGCACCAUCGGUUACUUCAGGACAAUGCUGAUGCGCGUCUUCACAAACGAGAAGGAGUCUGAAAUACGUGGUUACCAUAAGCCAAUCAUGCUAGCAGGAGGUGUUGGUACGGUCCGACCACAGCAUGCACUCAAGAACCCAGACAUGGUACCUGCUGGCUCGCAUCUUCUCGUUAUCGGUGGUCCAGCCAUGCUUAUUGGCCUUGGCGGAGGAGCUGCAUCAAGCAUCCAGUCUGGUGAAGGCAAUGUUGACCUCGACUUCGCUAGCGUACAAAGAGGCAACCCAGAGGUGCAGAGGCGGGCACAGGAAGUCAUCGAUACUUGUCGCUCAAUGGGGGACAACAAUCCCAUUCUCUUCAUUCACGACGUUGGUGCCGGCGGACUGUCCAAUGCUUUGCCCGAACUUGUUCACGACUCAGGCCUUGGUGCUAUCUUCGAGCUGCGGGAUAUUGACAAUGCUGAUAAGGGCAUGAGCCCCCUUCAAAUCUGGUGCUGUGAGGCCCAGGAACGCUAUGUACUUGCAGUUGGUCCUGAACAGCUCGAUUUGUUCAAGCGCAUUUGUCAGCGUGAGCGGUGUGGCUACUCAGUCGUAGGUGUGGCGACAGAUGAGCAACGGCUGGUGCUGAAGGACAGAGACUCGAAAGAGACGCCCACACCGAUUGACCUACCAAUGUCAACCCUAUUCGGAAAACCACCUAAGAUGUCACGUAUCGUAGAGUCGCGCAAGCUGCGAUUGCCCGCCUUCGACAGCAGCUUAUCCAUGUACAUCCCCGACACACCAAAGGAUGGCCUAAUCGCCGAAGCUGUCGAUCGAGUCCUCACACUUCCAUCUGUAGGCUCUAAAUCCUUCCUGAUUACUAUUGGUGAUCGAUCAGUCGGUGGCUUGACAGUUCGCGAUCAAAUGGUAGGGAAAUGGCAGGUUCCCGUGUCAGACGUGUCUGUAACAGCGACCUCGCUACUAGCAGGUGUCAAGACUGGAGAGGCAAUGUCCAUGGGAGAGAAACCGACGAUUGCAUUAAUCUCACCAGCUGCUUCUGCUAGGAUGGCAGUCGCAGAAUCCCUCAUGAACAUCGCAGCAGCGAGCACACCCGAUAGACUCUCACGUAUCAGACUGUCGGCGAAUUGGAUGUCGGCUAGUAGCCAUCUAGGCGAGGGUGCUGCAUUGUACGAGGCUGUUGAGGCCAUUGGUAUGGACCUGUGCCCUAAGCUGGGUAUCUCUAUCCCAGUUGGCAAGGACUCUAUGAGUAUGAAGAUGAAGUGGUCAGACGAUGGCAAAGCAAAGGAGGUUACCGCACCCAUGUCGCUCGUCAUCACUGCAUUUGCACCUGUCGACCGAAUUGAUCACACUUGGACACCUGCGCUGGAACGUCUGGAAGAUGUUGGCGAGACCAUUUUGAUGUUUGUUGAUCUGGCAGCAGGGAAGAAACACCUUGGCGGCUCCGCGCUGGCACAGACUUUUGGUCAAGUUGGCGAUGAAGCACCUGAUGUUUACGAUGCCGAUGUCAUCAAGGACUAUUUCGAUGCCAUUGAACAACUGCACGAGUCUGGCAUUGUCCUUGCCUACCACGACCGAUCUGACGGUGGUCUGUUCACUACUCUCGUGGAGAUGAUGUUCGCCGGUCGAUGCGGUUUGGAAGUCAUGCUUGACAAAGUUUCCCACUCGGGAGAGCCCAAGGAUGUCCUUGAAGCGCUCUUCAAUGAAGAGCUCGGCGCUAUCUUCCAGCUGAGGAAGAAGGAUGAAGUAGCCUUCAAUCGGUGUUUUGCAACCUGCGGUCCACCACCAGGCAUGAUCCGAAAGAUUGGUCGUGUUCCCGUGGCUUCAAAACAAGAGAUUUCCUUCGCCUUCGGUUCGCAGGUGUUCUACCGUGAUAACCGUUCGAAGCUCCAACAGCGAUGGGCAGAGACCUCUUACCGUAUGCAGAAGCUACGGGAUAACCCCUCUUGUGCCGAGUCGGAAUUUUCCAAAAUCCUCGAUGACAACGACCCUGGUCUAUCAUAUGACCUGACUUUCAAGCCCUCUGAAAAUAUUCUCCCCCUCAAAGCCACCAUAUCAUCGGCAUUCACAUCAAAACCCCGCGUCGCCAUUCUCCGCGAGGAAGGUGUCAAUGGUCAAUCGGAAAUGGCAUUUGCCUUCCAUAUGGCUGGAUUUUCCGCCAUUGACGUCCAUAUGACUGAUAUCAUCUCAGAGCGUGUCUCUCUUGCCGGCUUUGUCGGUCUCGCAGCCUGUGGCGGCUUCUCCUACGGCGAUGUCCUCGGCGCUGGACAAGGAUGGGCGAAGUCCGUACUCCUACAUCCCAACACACGUAAAGAAUUCAGGACAUUCUUCGAACGCACAGAUACAUUCGCCCUAGGCGUCUGCAACGGCUGCCAAUUUCUCUCCAAGCUCAAAGAUCUCAUCCCCGGUGCGGAACUCUGGCCAACCUUCGAGCGCAAUGCUUCAGAGCAGUACGAAGCACGUGUAUGCAUGGUGGAGGUGCUCGACACCAAGGGUACUAGCACUCCUCCCUCUGUGUUUCUACAUGGCAUGGCAGGCUCCAAACUUCCUAUUGUGACUGCUCACGGAGAGGGACGUGCGCACUUCUCCAACUCCCCUUCUUUGUCCUCAUCACCGCAGAAAUUAUACAAUGAGAAGCUAGUCUCGCUGCGAUAUGUGGACAACUAUGGAAAGCAGACAGAAGAAUAUCCCUAUAACCCCAAUGGUUCGCCGAUGGGCAUUGGUGGAGUGAGGAGCGUAGAUGGAAGGGUUAUGGCGCUCAUGCCUCACCCUGAGCGUACUAUUUUGAAAGACGUGGCCAGUUAUAUCCCAAGAGACGUAAAUGGGGAGUGGGGUGAUUUGGGGCCAUGGUCCAGAAUGUUCAAGAGUGCAAGGAGAUGGGUUAGCUAG